GGGCUGCUCGGGAGCACCGGGGAAGGCGACCUCUUCCUUCGGGCUUAUUUGAAAUAAGCAGUGUGAUGGUCACUGCAGCGUGGGCUUCUGCUGGCUCUCCAAGCAAGUACGGACAUGAAACUUUUAAAGAAACUGAGAGAAUGAGUUAAAUUUUACGGGGUUUUACCAGGUAUUUUACGACCACAGACUAAGGGCCUGCAAGUAAUUUGUGCAAGGUGGCUUGAGAUGCUGAGAGUCCUGGAAAAGCCUUGCACGUGAAAGAGCCUUACACGAAGCCAGUUAGAGCAGGCUGUGUUCAGUCAGUUGUUUACACAAACAAAAGGGUAAGCAAAACUCCGGGAAAUGCAUUGUUACAGAGGCUGAAAUAAACAAUUGAAUAACGUGUGAUAGGAGUAAUGGAAAAGUAAUAGCAGAAGUCCUAGAAGCUUAUGAAGUUUUGUUACUGCAGAGCCAUGCUUGCUCUUAUUUGGGUGCUGAGUGAUGAAUGAGCAAGCUGAAUAUUGCACUUUUGCUGGUGUCUUUGUGUUCUGAUGCGCCUGGAGCACCCAGGGAGCAGUGGUCUUUCAGUGCUGUAUUGCGGAGCCACAGAAAGUAUGUAUUACACAAAUGUUGAAUGUCAAAAAAAGGACGACUGGCUGAGGAGCUGAGACAUCUCUUUGUUGUUAUGAAGUGUGACAGCAAAUUCCUUAUUUAUGCCUGCCUGCUGCUCUUCUCUGUGUUGCUCUCUCUACGUCUGGACGACAAAAUUCAGUGGAGUUACUGGGCUGUGUUUGCUCCAAUAUGGCUGUGGAAGUUAAUGGUGAUUGUUGGUGCCUCAGUGGGAACAGGAGUAUGGGCCCGAAACCCACAGUAUCGAGCAGAAGGAGAAACCUGUGUCGAGUUCAAAGCUAUGUUAAUUGCAGUUGGCAUCCACCUGCUACUGCUGAUGUUUGAAGUCCUAGUGUGUGACAGGAUUGAAAGAGGAACGCAUUUCUGGCUUCUGGUCUUCAUGCCACUGUUCUUUGUGUCUCCAGUCUCAGUUGCAGCUUGUGUGUGGGGAUUCCGACAUGACAGGUCUCUGGAGCUGGAAAUCUUGUGUUCAGUCAAUAUUCUACAAUUCAUAUUUAUUGCACUCAGACUAGAUGAGAUCAUCAGAUGGCCAUGGCUUGUUGUCUGUGUUCCACUGUGGAUCUUGAUGUCCUUCCUGUGCCUCGUUGUGCUCUAUUACAUUGUGUGGUCUGUGCUGUUCCUGCGCUCCAUGGAUGUGAUUGCUGAGCAGAGGAGGACACAUAUAACCAUGGCUGUCAGCUGGAUGACAAUUGUAGUUCCACUGCUCACAUUUGAGAUCUUGCUAGUACACAGACUGGAUGGGCAUAAUUCUUUUUCUUUCAUACCCAUAUUUGUUCCUCUCUGGCUUUCACUGAUAACAUUAAUGGCAACAACAUUUGGACAAAAAGGAGGCAAUCACUGGUGGUUUGGAAUUCGCAAAGACUUUUGCCAGUUCCUUCUUGAAAUUUUCCCAUUCUUGCGAGAAUACGGAAAUAUCUCUUACGAUCUUCAUCACGAAGAUAAUGAGGAGACAGAAGAAAUGCCACUGCCUGAACCACCGAAAAUUGCACCAAUGUUUCGAAAAAAGACUGGAGUGGUCAUUACACAGAGUCCUGGAAAAUAUGUGAUUCCACCUCCCAAGUUAAACAUUGAUAUGCCAGAUUAAGAUGACGCUAGCAUAUUAAAAUUGAACUGAUCAUCAGCAGACAGAUGUAUUUCAUCUCAUGCCUUGUCCCAAUUCCUUUAAAAUAGGUAUUGCUGAAUCAGUGCUUGGAUUACACAAAUCAGAAAUCUUGAAGAUAAUCUGAGUGCUUUUCCAGAAAUAUGUGGUUGUCUAAUUUGUGAACCUUCCUAACAGGUUGGUUGCACGCUUGCCUGUAUAGUAUUUAUAUGAACAUUUUUAGCAGUGUAAUAUAUUGUUUAAAAGUCCUGUUGUGUACAGUAUAAGUAUUAUCUAAAAGUAUUUUUUUAAAAACCCUGUAUGCAAUGCCUCUGCUAUUCCAGGUGUCUUUUAGGUCCUAAAUAUACACUUGAUUUUCAUGUCUUUUAAAUGCUUUGGGAUGCCUUAGCAUAGUACCUCUUUUCUUCUUUCUCUGUUCAGCCACAAUCAUUGUCUCAAACACAGAGGCACAAGAGUGUUGCAUUUCUGAGGCAACACUGGGAAGCUUUUUGGGGGGGAGUGGAAUAGAAUGUAUGGUGACUUACAUGAUGCUUUUGAGUUAUCUAUGUAAAUUUUCAUCUAAGUAUUUCAACUUUUGUGCUGGCUUGGGAGUUACAUGUUGUUUUUGUUGCUUUUCCAGUUUCAUGUUUUGAUUCUUAAGCAGCAUGUAUCAUUCUCCCAUUGGACUGGCUGUUCCUCCUUGCAUUGUGUAGUCUGUGUCAGAAACAUUUGUGGUAGGUUUCACAGCUGUUGGCUAGCUGGUAUAAAUAUAGCUUGGUCUUCAUUACCAUCUUUGUGUUGGUCGGUGUAAAUGAUUAAACUCUUCAAGAUAGGAUCUUGCUGGUGUUGGCAUAGCACUUUCCUGCUUGAAGAAAGACCUGCUUUGACAGUGUGCCUUGGACUUAAAGGUGCUUUGGAGAAAUGGACUCUAUGAAAUGUGUAGUCCUGUAGUUUAUAAAAACAGAUGUCUCAUAUUCCCAAA